AUGACCAUGCUCAUCGUGGAAAAUUCUAAGAAGACUAAGGCGAUAACCUUUCGGAAUGUUUUAACGAAGCCGGCUAAGUUAGCUAAACAGCAAAUGAGUAAACGGUGCCAAGACCUUGCAUCUUUCAUAGAAACCCUCAUGGAGGAACAACCGAAGGCUGACGCCGAGUUCCGUGUGGAGAUUAAUGAUCAGGACAAGAGAUACUUUGAGAGAGAUUCUAUGUUGGGUGGUAUAUCGCCCCGCCAUGACUGCUAUGACAGCAACGCCAGCAAGUCCAGCACUGAAACCCGACCUAGUUACAAUCAACUUAACUACAAUGAUACCCUUCAGAGAUAUUUUGAAAGCCGCCAGCCGCUUUCUUUUGAGGAUUACAAUAAUCUAUCAGAAGAAUACAAAUUAAGCUUGAAGAAUCCUAAACUGCAUUACUCGUCACCCGAAGAAGAGUUUGUUAACACCAAAAGCCGUUCAUGUAACCCACCAGCGGUCAGCGGCAGUGGCUCUGUUGACGAUGAAAAGCCAUACGACAUUCUAGGAACAAUAAGAACAGAACUAGAACAACUAUUUCGCCAUGAGUUACCUAACUUGCUCGCUAAAGUUACGGAUUCGGUGUCAAAAGCAUUGGAGAGUAAAUUCUUAGAACUAGAAAAAAACGUCAGAACAGUAAGCAACUUAUAUGACGGUAUAAAAUCUACGGUUGAAAAAAGCACAUCUUAUGUUAAAAAAUUGCAGACUGAAAAUAAAAAUCUUAAUGAUCAGAUUAAAAUGCUUCAAACCAAGUUAAGUAAUAUGGAAGAGGCAUCAUUAAGACAGAAUAAUGGUCAAGACUUCAAAAUAUCGAGAUAUUGGGUGUUCCAGAGGCUAAAGACGAGUCCUUGCCAGACGAUAAAAUAG